UCCAGCUGCUUAGUAGAUGGGUGAGAGAGUGGAUCUGGCUGCCACAUAGACAGGGAGGUGAUCAGGGCUCCAUACUGCCAUUUACUGUAUCAUAGCAACCACAUUUUCUGUAUUUCCCCCCUAAAUUCACUAACUUUUGUAAAUUUUAGAAACUUUUUAAAUAACUUUUUAGGACUUUGCCCACCACCUGUGUGAUCUAUCUAGAAUGAUGCUGUAGACUGGCUGGUAAUGCAGAUAUAGGAUAUUUCUAGAGAGAUUUUCAUAAUGUCUAGUGAAGCGAAGCAAAGAAAGAAAGGAAGUUCUCCGUCCACCAAGGAGCUGAAGGAUGGAGCAGGAUCUGGACAGCGUCCUCAGGAGGAGAAGCAGAAGAAGAUCAGGGAUCACUCUCCAGUUCCUGCCAGCGGAUCCUCAUAUGUAGAUUUCCGGACGGUGCUGUGUUCCUUGUGCCUGGCAGUGUGUGUGGCGUUGGCAUGGAUGGUGUUUCAGCAGUCCCAGAACUUCACCACCCUGGAGCAGAAGUACCAGUCUCUGCAGUCUCGCUCAUCAGAGCUACAUGCGCUGGAAGAAAAAGUCAGCCAAAUAUUUGGAAAGAUGGCAGAAACCACACAUACUGUGACAAAGCUAAAGGAUCUUCAGAUCUCUCAGCGUAUGGAGCUUCUGCAAAAAGACAUUGUCAAUAUUGAGGAAUGGAUAAGUCUUAUUUCUGCCAAACGAGAACAGCUGGAAGUCAACCUUACUGCCCUUGAAGAGUCUAUUUCCCAAGUUGAACAGACCACUACAAGUAUCUCUAAAGAAGUUUCUGCCAAGAUUGCCACCGUGAAGACCGAUGUGAGGAGGAUAUCUGGGAUGGAGACUGACAUUAAAUUGUUGACUGACUCUAUCAAUGAGUUGGAGGAAAAAUUAGAGAAAGUUGAGAAGAACACUGCACAAAAAAUUGGAGAUGCUUUAGCCAACAGUAUCGACCGCAUGACUUCAUUGAAGAGCUCGGUGUCUAGAAAUUCGGACAGAAUAGAUCUCAUAAAGAUAAGGCUAAUGGAGCUCAGGGGCAAUUUCACUGACAAUUCCGAUAAACUCUCCAGUCUGGAGAGCGACAGAUUGAAGGUCUUACAGGCCGUAAAUUUUGCCAAUGAACUCAAACCCAAAAUCUUCACAAUCAAGAAGGACUUUGCUCAUUUAGAAGCCAUGAUAAAUGAUCUGUCUGCUAGGAUUGGCCGGUUGGCAUCUGAUAUACUGAACAGAGAAAAAGACAUAAACCUGCUGAGUGAUAAAAUGUACAACAUAACUGUGAUGAAAUCUGAAGUCCUGGAUCUAAGUAAUAAAAUUAGCAAUGUGUAGGAGUUUGAACCAUCUCCAUCGAGAAGGGGGCAAUGUAUAUUGUACACAACACAUUGCAAUCAAAGUGUUUUUUUUAAAUACGUUUAUUACUUUGUAUGCAUUUUAUUUUCAGUAACAGUCAUGUUUUCAACUCCUACUCAAGAACUCAUAGCAACUACGUUCAGCCUGGCAAAAUUUGUUGAUCAUUUCAAAGUGGCUUUUACAAUGAAUAUACUUCUUGGUAAUGUAGAAAGCCACAUUUUUGGAUCUUAUGCACAUGGCAAAGCUGGCACACAAUAUCUGCUAUUCCCUAUUGUGCCAAGUGCACUCUAUGUGCUGUCUGUACAUGCCACAGUAUUCUCUUCAGUAAGGGUGCCUUCACACAUGGCAGAUUUUGUGGCAGAAAAUUCCACAACUGAAAAUUAUUUCCAUUCAUUUCAAUGGGGCAGUAAGCAUAUGGAUUUCUGCAAGCCCCAUUAAGGUGGAUGGAACUGAUUUUCAGUCGUGGAAUUUUCUGCCACCAAAUCUGCUGCGUGUGAAAGCACCCUAAUACUGGAGAUCUGUAAUAAGGCUGUAACCCACUCAGAUCCUGGAAGUGCCUGUUUUGACAACUUUAAAAGGGUUUUCAAGGCUAUUAAUAUUUAUGAAAAAAAUCACAGAAAAUAAUGCACUAACGCAAUAGAUGCAAACAUAAUAU